ACGUGAGCUAGUGAGGAAAUGGAAAUACGUUGAGCUCUAUAAAUACUUAUAUUUUCUUAUUUAAAUACAUUUAUUACUAAUUUAUUAUUGAGGACAUGGUUAUUUUAUAAUAGCAGUUACACUCGUAGACUCUUUGUACGAAUACAGUGAGUGGCAGAGAUGGUUUGACAAGAUAAACAAGGGACUGAAUGUAGUCUCAUGCUACCACUUUCGUGAUACAUAAAUGGGCUUUUAUGUCUGAAGCUUACCCUUGUCACUUUUUAGCUGUUCUUGUUAUGAGCACAGACAGUGUCAGAUUAUCAGAAUGAUGCCACAUAAGGACAAGUAAGUGGACAAACUACAGCUGAAGGAAUGCCUCGUCGUUUGUUGUCAGUAUGGUUUUGGUUUGGGUCAGAUCGUGGAGGAUUCUGUCUGGGAACUUGUCUCCUGACAGCUCUCCUGCUGCUGAUGUAUGCCGGGGGGAUCCAGGCCAGCCUCAGCCUGGGUCCAGGUGGAGAGUUCCCAAGAGUCAGAGAUGUGUUCCUGUAUGCUCUCAGUCACGAUGACCUGCCCUCUCUGCUGGUCAGCGUUGCCUUCCUGCUGGUGGUGGGACCGUGUCAGGAGCGCCGCUGGGGAACCUUCGCCUUCCUGUCCCUCUCCACCCUCACAUCCAUCAUAUCACCUCUUCUCUAUACUCUGGUCCUCUGUGUCGGGGGGAGUGAGGCAAGUCGAAUCUGCGGUCACUCUGCCAUCCAGCUGGCCCUGUUCACAGCGCAGUGUCGUCAGGUGGCUCAGAGGAGGCUGCUCAGGAUCCUGCCAGUCUGGCUGCUCCCCUGGCUUCUUCUACUGAUGGGUGUCCUGCUGCUGCCCGGGACCCCCGCCCUGCUGCACUUCUGCACAAUAUUAAUCGGACACAACUAUCACCAGUCCUUCAUCGGGAUGCUACAGGAGCUGGAGGAGGCCAGACUCUUGGAUUUAAUUCCUGAUUGGGCGUAUAUCCGUGCUUCAUCCCGGUUGAGAUUGCCCACCUACACUACCUCACAGAGCUCUAGAUCACAUUCUCACAUGAUGCCUGCAGAUCAGGCGGCUGCUCCCCCUGUGAGGGAUCCAUCUGGUUUUAACCCCCACCCAUGGAUGGAUCCAGUGCCGGCCUGGAUACUGAACGAGUCUGCUGCGCUGUCCGAGGCCGACGUGCUGGAGGAUCAGAUGCUAAGGGCAGGAAUACUGGCCUCAUUACAGGAUGCUCCCGACAACCCUGAUGCUAAAGUGGAAGUGCCCAAAUCCUCAGUUUCCUCUCUGCGACUCCAGCAGCUGGAGAAGAUGGGCUUCCCCACAGAGAAAGCUGUAGUGGCGUUAGCAGCCUCCAAACAGCUGGAUGGCGCCAUUUCCCUGCUCAUUGAUGACAGCGUCGGAGAACAGGCCGUGAUGGUAUCAAAAGGGAAGCAGAGCACUUAAUCAUGUUGCUCUUGUACACUAAACUAGACGAACAGUAUGCUUGGGUUUUGCUGAGCUUUAACCUUUUUUUCCCUGUGGGGUACUUGUAUUACUGACUUAAGGAUAACAUUGGGGAGGAGUUUUUUUUUUUCCACAACUGAAUCCAAUCAUGUGAAGAUGCAAACAGCUGCUUUGAAGACGAUUUCUGAAUGCAAAUUAAAUGUACGUUGAUUGAG